CCCUCCGACCACAUUACCGUCUCAGGAGUCAAACGGUCACCCGCCACUUCCAAGGACGCAACUCCCUCGAAAUCGCCAUCGUUACUCAUUCAAGACGAGGACAGGGGCAACAAACCCCCCACCCCCAGUCAAGAUGAAGCUCUACAAGUUCGAGCCUUACAAGGAGUCUGAAGCAAAAGACGAGCUUGAGCCCUCCAGCGACGAGCCCAAGACCAAACUCAAAACGUUGUCCGAUUCGAGUGCAGCCACCCGCAAGCUCGCUAUUACACGGUUAUUACAAUACCAGCACCCAACGUCUACUUUGAACGUCGGUACUCUAUCCGCUAACCUCAGACGAGCUCUGCCAAACGACGGUACCGUUCAACAGGAAGUUGCCCUCUGUAUCCGAAACGCUGUGCGCGAGGCUGCCAGGAUCAGACGACAAGGUCAACGAGUAAUUGGAAAGUUUGUCGAGCAUGUAAACAAGCAUGGACCGGGUCCCAACGAUCGUCGAUUCAUGAAUUUUCUUUGCCCUCGAGUCUCCAUAAAGGACGCGAAAAAGCUGGAUGACGGUUGCGCUGUAGAGGACGACGAUGAGGAUGGUGAUGACAUGGACCAGAAAUCCAAGGAUGGCAAAGGCUCUGAGCAGUUCUUGUUCCUCCAGAGCUUUCUGUCAUACCUCUACUCUGGGAAUUACCCACGAAAAAGUGGUACCGGUCAGAAGGUCAACGAUUUCAUUGAUCGCCUCAAGGAUCUCGGACUGUACGCCCCACCACGUCCUCGGGCCGCUCUCAACGAGACAACUCCCUUCUCACCAACAGAGUUACUCCUAUCGGUGGCGUUGCAGCUCAAGGUCGAACUCAAAAAAAUGUACCGUAAUGGGACCUGUGAGCUGCAUAAUAAGCUCCAGAAAAGAAAAAAGAAGGGGCUGCUGGGGUCCGAUGUUAACGUGGAGAUCCAAGAGGAGGUAUCUGCUAUCGAAAACUACCUCGCGAUCAACAAAUUAAGUCCAAACCCUUGUAGGAUCAUCCCCAUGUCGACGGCGAAGCAACCUUUUGUCAGUUUCACGGAGCGACAACUAGCCAUGUUCUUUUUCAACCACGGAGGCGCACUGAGGGCACGGGUUCAGGAACUGGUCGGUACCGUCUGCACAUCCAUGCAGGAUGUUGAGGAGUGGAUAGGAGGAAAAGAACCAGGCUUUCUCAUCAAGCACUCAUCGUCGAUACCGAUCCCGAAGACCUGACCAGUCGCCAGAGAGGCAAGGCUGGACACCGCGCUGCGAUCAAGUUGUUAUCACUUGAUGAUCUCGAGACCCACUUGCAGAUGCUGGACGAUCCAGAGUUCAGAUCGGAGACCUAUGCCCGCAAAGG